UAUUUGUGAACCAUUUCCUUCUGAAUGGCUGUCAGGGCGUCUCUUUAGGGGACUUUUAAUCAUUUCGGACUAAUUUGCUAGCGUGCAGGUAAAGUUUAGAAAUUAACUGGCUGCAGCACUCCGGGCUCGGGCAGAAUGCGUCCCGAAGAGAAGUGACCUGUGGCAUGGCACUGGAGAGCAGUGUGGAUCCAUGGCUCUAGAGGCUGGGAGAUAUCCGAUGGAACCGAAGAGCUAUGGGAGAUUGGAGAAGGCGAUUCCAAAGCUAGUUUACAACGCACGUCCACACAGGACCACAGCUGACACGGUUCCUCGCAUCGCAAGCAGCAGAAACGGGCCGGGGCUGCCUCUAGACUUGCGCAGGAGAGUUUCAGAGAAGACCAGCCAGAAGAAGAGCAGUGCAAUAAUACCAUCCUGCAGGUAUUCCACAGGGAAGGCCAACUAUGCAAUGAGAAAGCCAUUGUUUGACACUUCUGCUGCAUAUACAAAGACAACAUCUCAUGCAAAUGGAAAGCUCUUUCAAAGCCACUUGGAACAGGAGGGGCAAGCUGAAGACGAACGUGCCCAGUGCACACGUCAGACUUUUGAAUUUCGCUUGAAGUCGCCGGCGGAAGAAUUUGAAGACAUUGUGGCUGUGCUUUCGGAUCAAGACUGUUCGACCGAUUCUCAGUCUGAAGACGUGACGGCACCUUUGAGCGCACUGUGCCUGAAGGAGUGGCGGCCUCCUCACGAGGAAACAAGCUUCUACCAGGAAGGUUCUCUCUCCAGGCCUCACAGACGCUGCGCCUCCAGCCCCCCUCUGGAUGUCCGCAGUCUCAGAACGAAGGGGAGCUCGAGAGGGGCUGCAGCUCCGAGGGCUUCUUCUCUGGACACUCACAUUCCCUCCUCGCGACUCUCGAGGAGACGCGGGCCUCAGGUCUGCCAGGCUCUCAGCGCCUCCAGUUUACCCUUACCACGCAGGGGGGCCCUGGCCUUUCGCGAGAUGUCGCCGUAUCAGGCGGACUACUGGGCAUGUGCAAUUCCCAGCUCACUACCCCCGUCUCCCAACAGGGAUUCACCCGGCUGGGACCCCAAUGAGGAGUACCAGAACCUGCUCGAUUAUACCUACCCUCUGAAACCCAAACAUCUGGUUUCCCGGGACGCGUCAGACUGUCGGCUGUUUGCGUCUGAUCCAUUGAUGCGAGACUCCGGGAUUGAGCUUGACCAUUUCUCUAGCCCGGCUGACAAUGCAGAAACGUCAACGAAUUCGGAGCUCCUUGGCCAUCGAUUCUCAGUCCGAGAAUCUGUGGGUAGUGGCAGGGAGCGAACCUUCUCAAGCAAAGCCUUAAAGCCGGCAAGUCCGUGUCGGAAGGAACUCUCCUCUUCCAAAGCUGAUUUUAAAAUGUCCAGCAGCUGGUAUUCUUCAAUGGACCAGGUAGACCUCUCUUUGGAAAACUCCUACUCCAGUUCUGCUUGGCAGGAAAUGCAUAGUAGCAAGAAUGUGGAUUACAAGGCGAGGCAUGCAAGGCAUGGCAUCUUUUCAUCCCCUGAAGUGCAGCCCACUUAUAUCCCUACCUCACACAUCCUUCCUCCUGACAAAGGAUGGGAUAGUGACGACGAAUUCUGCCCUCUGCCUUUCAGACUGAAGGAGCUGGAGGUUUUAUCUCAGCAGUUACAGACCAUUUCCAUACAGGUGAACAAGCCUGUUGAUGCACGCUGGGAGUCCCCCUCCUCACUGGGAAGGGAAACGUUUUCCAUUAAAUCCUCAACAGCUCUGCUGGAGACCAAGGUGAAGGAGGGAUCUGCAGCAGAGGAGCCGUCUGCCUCGGAUUUCCCCUGCAGCGCCAGAGGCUCUCGGGAAGGUCAGGAGUUGGGAACUGGUCUGCAUAGAUUGGGGAGCGACGUCACAAAGCGUAGCCUGAGAAGAGCUGCCAUGUUCGUGACUCAGCUGGGGGGAUUGCCUCUCUCGGAGUUUCAGAAGACCGAGCAAGCGGACCGAGGCCAGACAGAGGCAAAGGAGUCUCUUGUGCGUCAUGUUCAGAUGUUUUGUAUGAACCUGGAAGAGCUAAUUCAGUGGCUGUACAAAGUGGUAGAAAAAGUGGACAGCUGGAACCCACCCGCAGCUGACAUUGAAAGCAUCAAAACCUCUCUCGCAGACUAUAAAAGAUUCCAGAGGGACGUGGAUGCCCAGCAGCCCUUAACUGCGGCUGUUUUAAAAGCCGGGGGAGUCCUGCUCAGCUGCAUGAAUUCCACCUCCCCAGUCUUGAAGGAAACCCUGGGGUUGAUUGAGAGGCAGUCAAAGGCUCUGGAGGUACAGGCGGAGCUCCUGUUCUCCUCCAUACUGUCUGCUGUGGACCGCGUCGCCAAGACGGAGGCAGAGCACAGUGAGGACUCCAGCACAGAUCUGCAGCAGAGUCAACAGCUGAAUGAAAGUGGGUUUGUGGAACAAGACUGAGAAACGUGAAGGUUUCAGUCAACACUACAUUGAAAUGCACUUCCUUCUGUUCAUGCGUUCAUGGUUAUACCACUGCGCACCACACUGUCUUAUAUAACUGUCACAAGGGUACAGUUUUCUAUUUAAAAUCAUGUAAUGUUUUUUCCACUUUGGCUUAAUAGCACUUUUCUAAAGCUAAACUUAACAUGUUCCAUUAUUUUAACUUCUAUAUUUUUAUAUCUUGUUUUGAUAGUUUAUAAGCUGUGUAGCUCAUGCAAAAGAAAAAAAAUCUAAAUCAAAUAAUCGAAGAAUAUCUCAAUUCUACACACUAUAAUUCAUACGCCUUACAAUACUCCAGUAGUUCUUAUGUAUUUGUUUGCAGUGAAUGAAUCAUACUGGUUUGCAUAGAUACUGCUUAUUUUACAUUUAAAUGUUGCAUUUCUUUUUAAUCUAUUAAAAUGUAUUCAAACAGUUGAUAUAUUCCUGGAACAUAGUCAAUGUUCUUCACAUCUUUUAAAACAUUUUUCCCUAUAAAAACAAUAGCAUUUCGCUUAGUUGUGAUAGAAGUAAAUUCAAGUGGCGUUAUAGUUAUAUUGUUCCAUCCUUUCGAUUUAAGGGGACUUGGAAAGCGAAAAUAGACAUUUUAGAUAUGUACUGUAUGGCAAAUCACGCACAACUUGCAAUUAUUAACCAGUGAAAGGGUAAAAGCCAAAAAAAGACUAUUGACUGUUCUUUUUGCUUUACUAUUUUCAUUCAUAUUGAAAUGGUCAGGUCAGAAGUUUUCUCACAUCCUGCUACUCUCACUCUGGGCGCUGUGUAGACUGGACAUGGUGCGCUACUGAGAGGAACUUUGCGUCAUUGCAGUUGUCAGCAUCUGUUGACUCGACUUCCUUCUUUACCACAUGUUGGCCAUGUGACUCUGACUCUGCUUAAACAGAGAGCUGACUGAGCCUACUGCUUAUUGAAAGACCUUGCUGUAAAGAGGAUCGCAUUUAAUGAAAAGUGAACAUUGAUUAAAUAUUGGUUGCAGAAUAUAUCAGGCUUCUGGGUCACUGAAAUUAAAAAUAAAUCAUAGAGAGCAAAAAGGUGGGGAACGUUUUAUGAAACAGAUAGAAGUGUUGUGAUGUGUCAAACAGGAUUCAGAAAUGCAUCACGCCUUGUAGCUUGAUCCUUGGUUUUGUCAUCCCAAGUUUCCCUUAGGGCAUUUCUGGCAUACGUUUGCUCUUGAAAUGUCAAAUGAAUACCUUUUUCUCUUUAAAUCACUUUUUGAAUUAAACAUGUUAUUUUGAAUUUUUGUUUUAUAAUUUUAAAUCUGUCAUAUGCUCCAAGUCUUGUGGUUUGUUAAAAUUUGUGUAUCCCUUUGAAUGUUUUUAAUUUCUUAACAGUUUAUAAAGCUGGGAUUAGCUUAGACAGCACAGCUAACCCUUUAUAAACUUAUCUUAACAUAACUGUAUCUUCUGUUUCUCUUAAAUUAACCCCCUUUCCUCUGAAUCUAGUCUUAAGAGUGAUACUUUUUAACUGCAAGAUUUUGGAUAAUUUCAUAAUUUGGGUCGAGCUAUUAGCUGAAACAAAGGCAGCAAGUUGUUAAUGUGCAGCUGAUCUUCUAAAUCAGGGGAAAAAAUACAAACAUUUUCUUUGGCCACAAUCCAUGAUUUUGUUUCGCAUCGAGAAAUGUAGAUUAGUGGUCAUUCAUCUCGAUGACUUUACAAAGGCAGGUGCUCAUCAAAGACAAAAUGGACCACACAGUCGAAAUGGCUUGUUCUCAUUUGUAACCUUUAUGUGCUUGGGAGUGUUUGUUUGUGAAAUGAAUGUCUGUAUUAAAGACGAGGUGCUAUCCUGUAUCCCUUUUU